AUGUCCCGCUUCUUCCGUUCAGCAUCAGAUAGCGAAUCCGAUUCCGAGACUUCUGACAAUGAGUCCUUCAUUUCCGAUGAGGAAUUGUCGUCUUCUGAGGAGGAGUCCGAGGAGGAAGUCGAACAAGAGCAACAACCAAAGAAAUCGCGAUUCUUGAAGGGCGCCGGCUCAGACUCAGAUGAGGACUCUGACGAGGAAUUCGGUCGCAAACGCCAAGUCAAAUCGGCAAAGGACAAGCAGCUCGAUGAAAUGCAGAACUCUAUCAAAGCCAUUGAAAAUGGUCAAAAGAACAACGAUUGGGGUCUUAUUUCCAAUGAAUUCGACAAGCUUACGAUGCGUGUCAACAAAAUGACCACUGGUUUUGAUGCUAUUCCACUUCCCAAGGUGUAUAUCAAGGUCAUCGCCGAUAUGGAAGAGGCAUUGGCCAGCGCUGGUCAAGACAAGAAGCCCAACAAAAAGAAGGCCAGUGGUGCCGCUGCCAAGGGUUUGAACGCCAUGAAGGCAAAGAUCAAAAAGAUUUCAAAGCAAUAUGAAAAGCAACUUGCCGAAUACAAAAAGGAUCCUGAGGCAUUCUUGGAGGAGAAGGAAGAGAAGCAAGCCGUCAGCGCACAAAACGAGAAGAAUGAAAAGAAGAAGCUUGUUGCUGCUACUCCCAAUCAAGUCGCAGAGGAGGAAUUGGAUGGUUUCACAUCUGUUGGCAAGGGCGGCAAGGUUACCAAGGCAGCAGUUGCCAUGUCAUCUGGUACCAUCUUUGCCAAGUUGAGUGAAGUCCUUGAUAGCCGAGGCAAGCGUAACACAGAUCACAAGGAACAAAUUGCUAUUUUGGAACAGCUUUUGGAGGCUGCCAAGUCGCCUUUCCAAGAGAUCAUGAUCUUGUUGGCUUUGAUUCCCUCGCGUUUCGAUAUCAACUUUAGCAUGGUUGAGCAUAUGCAAGUGGAUAUUUGGAAGAAGGUUGAAAAGGAAAUCAACCAAGUAUUGGAGAUCCUCGAGGCCCACCCUGAAUAUGUCAUUCGCGAAGAUGCUGAGGAACUUGACUAUGGAGACAAUGAUGUUAUCCCCAAGGAAGGCGAGAUCGUUCACAUUCGUGGUUCCAUUGCCAGCUUGGUCGAACGUUUGGAUGAUGAAUUUACAAAGUCGCUUCAAAGCAUUGAUCCUCACACAACCGAUUACAUUGACCGUUUGCGCGAUGAGCCUGGUCUCUAUGCUGUCUUGGUGAGAACUCAAGCCUAUGCUGAGAAGAACAACAUGGAGGCUAUUUUGCCCCGUACCAUCAUUCGUCGUUUGGAUCACUUGUACUUUAAGCCUGGCCAAGUCAUUCAAUCCAUUGAAAAGGCUGCCAAGUCAUUGUUGCCUGAUUACGUAAAGUCGGCCAUUGUGGAUGCACAGGAACCCGAACAGCUUAUCCAUCAAUUGUGCACAUACCUCUACAACCACGACAAGGCAGUGUUGCGUACGCGUGCUAUGCUUUGCCACAUUUAUCACUAUGCUUUGCACAAGCAUUUCCACACUGCUCGUGACAUGUUGCUUAUGUCCCAUUUGCAAGAAUCCAUUCAUGCCGCUGAUGUUUCUACUCAAAUCUUGUACAACCGUACUGUGGUCCAAGUUGGCUUGUGUGCUUUCCGUGAAGGAUUGAUCAAGGAAGCUCAUUCGUGCUUGCAAGAAAUCCAAGGCACGGGUCGUGCAAAGGAACUUUUGGCACAAGGUUUCCAAGCUCAACGUUAUGGUCAACAACAAGCAACGCCUGAAAUUGAACAAUUGGAGCGUCAACGACAACUUCCCUUCCACAUGCACAUCAACUUGGAAUUACUCGAGUGUGUUUUCCUUACUUGCUCUAUGCUUCUUGAAAUUCCUGCACAAGCACAGGCUGGUCCCAACAAUAAGCGUGCCAUUUCUCGUCCCUUCCGUCGUUUGCUGGAUUACAAUGAACGUCAAGCAUUCUCUGGUCCCCCCGAGAACACACGUGAUCAUAUCAUGAGUGCCGCCAAGGCUCUUGCAUCAGGUGAAUGGGAACGUGCUCGUGAUUAUAUUCUUGCCAUCAAGAUUUGGGCAUUGAUGCCCGAUGCUGAAGCCAUCAAGACCAUGCUCAAGACUAAAAUCCAAGAAGAAGGCUUGCGGACAUACCUCUUUACUUAUGCUUCUUACUACAAGACCAUCAGCCUUCGACAACUUGCUGCCAUGUUUGAUUUGCCUGUUGUCCGUGUCUCCGCUAUUGUUUCCAAGAUGAUCUGGAAUGAGGAACUCACCGCUUCCCUUGAUCAAGUCUCCCAAUCCCUUAUCCUUCAUUGGGUUGAACCUUCCCGUCUCCAGGUCCUUUCUCUGCAAUUUGCUGAUAAGGCUGCCAAUCUUGUUGAUCAGAAUGAACGUCUCCUCACUACAGGUCGUGAUAGGCAAUAA